AUGCGCCCAACGCUGGGCCACCCUCGCUCGGUCUCCUCUGUGCCCGGCGCCUUCCCACCACCCACCACCACCGCCUGGCUGCAGCCGCUCUUCCUCCGCGGGGACUCCUUCUGCGGCCGGAGAGGCUCGGGCGAUGGUAAUACCAGGACCAGCACUAGCCGCGGGGAAGGCGGCAGCAGACACAGCGGGGGCGGCGGCUCCCCGAGCAGCAGCACGGGCGCCGAUCGCGAGGACGGCGAUGAAAGCCUGAGUGUCAGCAAGCUGCUGGUGCCCAACGCAGCACUCCCGGGGCUGCCGGUGCAGGGGGGCGCCCCUGCCGGCUCCGCGCCCGCCGCCUUCUUCUCCUUUGCCGACACCUCGUCCUCCAGCUCCAUGCCCACCUCCUCCUGCAGCAUGACCGCCGCUGACUUCGGCGGGGGCGCCGCGACCGGAUCCGUCAAGGGCCCUGGGAGCCUCUCAGCAGGGGAAGCACGCGGCGGCGGGGCGGGCAGCGGUGCCUCCUGCUGUUCGUGUUGCUGCUGCUGUGCCCCCCGUCCCGGGUGCCUCUGGGGCUACCAGGCACUGUCCCUGGUGCUGCUGCUGGUGCAGGGCAGCCUACUGGACCUGUACUUCAUCGCCAUCACCGACCUGAACUGGUGCUCCUGGAUCGCCACGGCCCUGGUGGUGGUGGUGGGCUGGGCCAUCUUCUUCGCCAAGAACAGCCGGGGACGUUGGGGUGGUGCGCACCACCCACGCUACCCGCACCACCACCAUGCUGCACUGCCCCUAAACCUGCCCGCCCCCUUGACCACCUCCAUUGGGGCCAAGGUGUGCAGAUUCCCGGGGGCGGCCAUGGCAGCGGGCGAGUUUGCCUUCACCUACCUGGCCUGGCUUAUCUAUUCCAUAGCCUUCACACCCAAGGUGGUGCUGAUCCUGGGCACGUCCAUGCUAGACCUCAUGGAGCUGAGUGUGCCCUUUGGCAUCACGGGCUUCCGCCUCACCAUAGCGCUGUCUGUGCCCCUGCUCUACAGCCUGGCGCGGGUCAUCAGUGAGGUGGGCACACCCUGUGGCUCAGCCAGACCACUGCCGCUGCAGCCCCAGCAGCACUGCACAGCCAGGUGCUUCCUGGGCACGUGCCUGGACCUGGUCGACAGCUUCACGUUGCUGGAGCUGAUGCUGGAGGGCCCCGCGCAGCUGCGCAUACACCUGUGCCACCUGCUCAUCACCGUCUACUUCCUCACCCUCACCUCACCGGUGCUAUGGCUCUAUGAGCUUAACGCUGCCACCAAGGUGGCGGUGGCAUCCAGGGGCCAGGCCUAGCCCAGCAGCUGCUGCCGCCUUCUGUGCCUCCUGGGCAGCUGCCUGGUGGACGUGCCCUUGCUGGUGUUGUGCUGCCUGCUGGUGGUCAGCUACCAGAAGCCCCUCUACAUCUUCAUGCUCAAGAACUUCUUCUUCCUUGGCUGCCGCUGCCUGGAGGUGCUGAAGGGCUGCUGGGACAGGGACAGUCGGUCCUUCCCGAGUCGGGCCAGAGGGGGCUAUGGUGCUCCACCCUCCACCCCUACAUGGCCUCCGCCACCACCUCAGGGAGGUUCCCAGCUGGGCCACUGCAUUUCGGAGAAUGACGAGGGUGCCCAUGGCUAUGUCAACACCCUGGCUGUGAUCUCCCAGAAUUGA